AAUUUAUAUAAGAUUCCACCGAUAAUCGUUUUCUCUUGCAUUGUUUUCUCUGCACUGGUCUCGCGAAGUCGACGCGAGAAAUACUCACUGGUCACCUCUGAUUCUCACCCCGUCCGCUGAUCGUCGAGGACUAUUUCGAAGAUGGAAGCGGUUCCGAUGACGGGGCCAACCCUAGCCACGGUUGUGUUUUAUCCACUUUUGGCCCUGGGCGCAAUUCUGAUAGCGGUCUACUACUGGUUGGAAACACGUCGUAUCGUACGGAUGGGCCAGCUUUUACCCGGCCCACCGACCGUACCAUUUUUCGGGAACGCUCUCAUCGCUAUCGGACUACGACCCGUCGACGUUAUCCCGAAGCUUCUCGAGUACGAAUUUUACGGUAAAGUGAUCCGAGCUUUCCUGGGACCGAAAUUGUACGUGUUUCUCCUCGACCCGAGGGAUAUCGAAAUUAUUCUGAGCAGUACCGUCCACAUCGACAAGUCCAUUGAUUACAGGUAUUUCAAGCCGUGGCUCGGUGAAGGAUUGCUGAUCAGCACCGGCGAAAAAUGGAGAUCCCACAGAAAGAUGAUAGCCCCGACAUUCCACUUGAAUAUUCUCAAAGCGUUCGUGCCGCUUUUUUACGAAAACAGCAAGGCCUUGGUAGAGAAAAUGCGGGUUGAAAUCGGCAGGGAAUUUGACUGCCACGAUUACAUGGCCGGUAUCACGGUUGACAUUUUGUUGGAAACGGCCAUGGGGAUCAAAGGCUCCAAGAAAGACAGGGGAGGCUUCGAUUACGCCAUGGCGGUAAUGAAAAUGUGCGACAUCGUGCAUCAGCGGCAAUACAAGAUCUACCUGCGGCCGGACGCCCUCUUCAGAUUCUCUAAUUUCGCCAAACAGCAGAAAAAACAUUUGUCAAUUAUUCACGGGCUCACCAACAGAGUGAUUAAGAGAAAGAAGAAGGAAUACAUCGAUAAAAUGGCCGACGAAGCGGAUUUCGUCGCUUCUAAAAACAACGAAAAUCUUCAAACGUUGAAUGACACUAAAAAAAUUGGGGAUAAAAAAUUGAAGGACAGCGCCAGACCCACUUACGUCAGGGAUGAUCUGGACGAAAUCGACGAAAAUGACGUUGGGGAAAAGAAGCGACUGGCAUUUUUGGACCUUAUGCUCGAAACCGCUCGAAACGGAACAAACUUGUCCGACGAAGAGAUCAAGGAAGAAGUUGACACCAUCAUGUUCGAGGGCCACGACACGACUGCUGCCGGUUCCAGUUUCGUUCUAUGUUUGCUCGGUUACCACCAAGAUAUUCAGGACAGAGUCUACAAAGAACUGGAAACUAUUUUUCAAGGGUCGGACAGGCCCGCCACGUUCCACGACACUUUGGAAAUGAAAUACCUCGAGAGAGUCAUCAUGGAAACGCUGAGACUGUUUCCACCCGUACCAGUAAUCGCUAGAAAGCUCAACGAGGACGUUCGGCUGGCUUCUGGCAACUACGUCUUACCGGGAGGAUCGACCGUGCUCAUACCCCCGCUGAAGGUCCAUCGUCAGGAUGAAAUUUAUCCAAACUCUAACGAAUUCAAUCCCGACAACUUUUUGCCAGAAAAUAUGCAGCACAGACACUAUUACGCCUUCAUUCCGUUCAGUGCAGGACCCAGAUCCUGCGUCGGCCGCAAAUACGCUAUGCUCAAGCUCAAGGUCCUGCUCUCCACCCUCCUGAGGAACUACAAAAUUUUGGCCGACACACCGGAGAGCGAUUAUCGCCUGCAAGCGGACAUAAUAUUGAAACGAGCCGACGGAUUCAACAUCAGAAUUGAGCCAAGACUCACAGCUAAAACCGCCUGAACCGUGCAUCCAGAAUUUGAAUUACUUUUUCCGGACAAUUGUAAAUCGUCCGUAUGCACGCAGUGAAACGGAUCCUCACAAUCAGUCGUAGUUCGUUAAUGUAAUCGAGCAUUUUGUAAUUUUGUUGAAUGUAUAAGAUUAUUCUUCUUUUUUCUUCUCGAAUUUAACAUGUUGUAACGCUGCGAUUUUUUGAAUACGGAAUAUAAUAUUGAUAUACUUAUACAGAAA